UUCAUCAUGAGGAGCUUCAUUCUCAUCUUCAUCAGCGGAUUGAGCUGCAGCAUCAGCGCACAGCCUCGACCCUGCGAGGCUCCUGCUCUGUAUGUGGGCAGUUUGUCUAUGACGGCGGCGAAUGGAAUCAUCACGUCAGCGGCCACGUACUCAUACGACGCUCACGCUCAGCAGAUCCGCUUCAGAAACUACAUGACCAUCUUCAACGAGUCCAUCAGUGUGGAUCUGCUGCUGCUCUUCAAACAGGGUGUGAUGUAUGAGAUCGAUUACUCGCAACUGUCCUGUCAGAAGAAGGUUCUGGAGUCGUCGUUCCACCCCACGCGGGUCCCGGCCGACGCCGUCUUCAUGGGUCAGGUGAUUCUGGGAACCACGUCCGUUCCCGGCCUGGGUCUGCUGACCAACUCUUGGGUCGGAGAGAUUCCUGAGAUUCAGGCUCAGUACAUGUUGACCUUCGCGGAGUUCACGUGUGUGCCGGUCAGCGCGUCCGUCUUCACUCCUCAGAGCGGAUGGAUCACCAUGAGCUUCUACAAUCAUCUGCUGGGUGUCCAGAAUCCUCAAGACUUCAUUCCUCCGUUCUUCUGUCCCACGGCGGCUCAGGAGGAAAAUCUGCCCAAAACCAACUUCCUGAAGGCCAUCCGUGCGUUUCAGUGAUUCUCUCAGUUCCUCGUGAAAUGUUGAUGUUGUGUUGAGAUGGAAAUGAAUCGACUGUAUGUGACACUCACAGAUCUCUGAUCAUCCGAACCAAACCUUUUUCAAUAAAUGAAAGUGUCUUCAU